AUGGCCCUUUACCACCAAACGGUGGAUUUCCUGUCCAACUCCUGGGCCAACCACCGGACGCAGCUGCCUCUACUUGCCGUCACAGGGGCCUCGUUCACGCUCGGCGUUGUCCUUCGGUCGCUUUUCACCGGCCGCGAGUCGGGGGAGACUCUGCUCCCCUCACCCCGCGCAAAAUUACUGCCUGGCCUAUCCGAAGCCGAGAAUCGCAGCCUCCCCCUCCCAAAUGACGUGCUGCCGGGCGCCCGCGAUGUUGCAAGUCCCUACGGCUCCAUCCGAAUUUAUGAAUGGGGAAGAGAAGACGGACCAAAGGUGCUACUGGUUCAUGGUAUCACUACGCCAUGCAUCGCGCUCGGCGGAGUGGCCCACGCGCUGGUUGACCGGGGCUGCCGGGUGAUGCUGUUCGACCUGUUCGGACGCGGAUACUCUGAUUGUCCUGCAGAUCUCCCGCAGGAUGACCGACUGUUUGCUUCCCAGAUCUUGCUAGCUCUCUCCUCGUCGCCGAUCGCCUGGACUGGCAAGGAAUCUGGGAAAUUCUGCCUCGCUGGCUAUUCACUUGGAGGUGGCAUUGCUGCGGCAUUCGCCUCGUACUUUCCCCAAUUGCUAUCCUCGCUGGUACUUCUCGCCCCGGCCGGAUUGGUCCGCGACUCACAAAUCAGCUUCCAAAGCCGCCUCCUUUAUUCCCGAGGUCUGAUGCCGGAGAGCGUACUUGGAUAUCUAGUGGGCCGCCGACUACGGGCUGGGCCUCUGGUGACCCCCAAGCCCAAUAACAAAAAGCUUAACGCGGCCGAUGCCCUCACCGAAGAGCUCCCGUCGCAAAGUGCGGCAGAGGUCCAGAUUCUUUCCCGCGCGUAUCCACAUAUCAAUAUUCCAUCCGCGGUUGCGUGGCAAGUGAACAACCACACCGGGUUCGUGCACGCCUUCAUGUCCAGCAUGCGUCAUGGUCCCAUCCUGGGGCAGCGACAAUGGAACACUUGGGCACGUUUAGGAGAAUAUCUCAGUGCCCAGAACAGCAUUUCAUCAAAUGAUGAGGAUAAAAAGGGACUACCCAACGAUAAGAUCCACAUUCUUUGUGGUAACAAUGAUGCUAUCAUCAUCAAAGAUGAGCUCGUCACCGAUGCCACUGCGGUCCUGGGUGGAAACGCUAUCUUCAAGUUCUACGAGGCCGGUCACGAAUUCCCCAGCACCAAAUACGAUGAUGUUGCAGCGUACAUUUCGAAGCUGUUUUAA